AUAUGCAUUUUUCUGUCUAUCCCUGUAAUCCGGCAAACACUUUCGGCUAGAGGUCUGUUCGAAAUCAAGCCCAAAAAAUUUAACUUUUCGGCACCAAAAAAAAAACGGAAGGAGUCUGAUAAAAUGUCCAUAAGUCGGGGAAGCAAGAUGUUGCUGCGGGCGAAUCCUCUCCAGAUUUUGAGGCGUAGCAAGGCGGACUAUGGGAAAACGGUGUGCAACCUAAAAAUCAACAAGGAAACCAAAGUUUUAGUGCAGGGAUUCACCGGAAAACAGGCCACAUUCCAUUCGGAGGAGUCCCUGAAGUACGGCACCAACAUCGUGGGCGGAGUGAAUCCCAAAAAGGGCGGUACGGAGCAUUUGAAAAAGCCCGUUUUUAAAUCGGUGGCCGAGGCGGUGGAAAAGGUGAAACCAGAUGCCACCGUGAUCUUUAUACCACCACCCUCCGCCGCCGAGGGAAUAUGCUCGGCCAUCGAGAAUGAGAUUGGAUUGAUUGUGGCCAUCACCGAGGGUAUUCCACAGUCGGAUAUGGUGAGGAUAUCGCAGAUGUUGAGGUGCCAGGAGAAGUCACGCCUGCUGGGACCCAAUUGCCCCGGCAUUAUAUCACCUGAUCAGUGCAAAAUCGGCAUAAUGCCGGGCGAUAUCCAUAAAAGGGGCGUUGUGGGCAUUGUCUCGCGGUCGGGAACAUUGACCUACGAGUCCGUCCAGCAGACCACGCAAGUCGGUUUGGGCCAGGCUCUGUGCAUUGGCCUAGGCGGAGAUCCCUUCAACGGAACCAGCUUCAUAGAUGCCCUCAAGGUCUUUCUGCCCGACAAAGAGAUCAAGGGCAUCAUCAUGAUCGGCGAGAUCGGAGGCACCGCCGAGGAGGAGGCAGCCGAUUAUCUCAAGGAGCACAACACCGGAUGCGAGGCCAAGCCCGUCGUGGGCUUCAUCGCCGGCCAGACCGCUCCGCCGGGUCGUCGAAUGGGCCACGCCGGCGCCAUCAUUUCGGGUGGCAAGGGGGCGGCCAAGGACAAGGUCGCCGCCCUCGAAAAGGCGGGCGUCCGCAUGACCGCCAAUCCCUGUCAUCUGGGCACCACGCUCCUCGAGGAGAUGAUCCGCCUUAAACUGGUGCCCAAGCCGGAGGCGAAGGCCCAGGCUGGCAAGAAAUAGGAUCAGACGGCAAAUAUUUUCGUUUUUAAUAAACGACCUUAUGGCUUUCAGUGCUCUUUUAA